AUGGAGAAGUUCAUGCAGAGGGAAAAUGUUCAUGUGGGCCCGGGCUCCGAUGAUGGGAACUUCGACGAUGUUUUCGGGGGCCCGCCGAGGCGGUUUUCGAUGCAGGAGCCCAAUAAGGAGAAGGCCCGAUCGCCAUGGGUCGAGAAGCCCAUUUUCGGGGAGGAAAGCGGGCCGAGAAGGAGGCAGCAAAGGGACGACUUUUUCGACGACAUAUUUAGGGGUUCGAAGGAAGCUGAUCGAGAUAGUGUGUUCGGGUCGGGCCCUGGUUCGAGGAUCAUGAGCCCGGUUAGGCACUUUUCGCCUAAAGCCGAGCCUUUUGGCACCUCCUUACCAACUCAGUUUAGUCUCCCUGCAAAAUUUAUCAAAACCGUCGAGCUCCAGCCUUUUGGUUCGAACAUAAACGCAUUAAGCACUCCACAACCUUCGAGCCCAUCAUCAAGAUUUUCGAGUCCGUCGAUCAAGGGCCAGGAUCAUAACACGAGAAGAAAUCGAGUCGAUUCUUAUGAUUCGCCUCUUGCUAAAAACAAUGCUGAAACUUUCCAUUUCUCGAUUUAUAAAUGGGUGGGCCGGGAUGUCCCGGUUCUGCUGCCGGGCUUUCUGGCCGGGAAUAGUUUGACGUCGAAAAAAAGCAGCUAUUACCAUGAUGAUAUAACAAUGGAGCUCGAAAAUGAAGUUUCACAAACAAAAUCAGGAGUAAGUGUAAAUGAAAAUGUAGUUCUUGAAGGCAGAAAAGCUAGUGUAGAGAAAAAAGUUGAAAGACAAGUCCUUUUGGAGAAGGAGAUUAAGGCUCUCAAGAAAGAAGCGAAGAAGCCUCUUCGAGCUUUUCUGCAUCGUGACGAGGUCGAGCAGAAGCCAAAGCCAGGCAACAUUGUGGAAAUGAAAGAAGAAAAGGAUAGAACUCCAAAAGAAAUUGGUGCGGCUAAUUUGCGAGACGUAAAAAAUGGCAAAAAACAUGAAAAAAAGGCCAAUGUCAACAAGGUACAACAUGGUGCAGCAGCUGCAAAUUCAGGAAAAAGUAGUGUGUCCAGAGGAAAGGUGAAAGAGUUUGUUCAGAUUUUCAACCAAAACGAGACCCGAGUGAUUUUGAACGCGGCAAAAGCUAAAGAAAAAGUUAAUGAAGAGAAGAAUAAAUCAGAUGUUUCACUCAAGGUCGAUGCGAGCAUAAUAAACGACAAAGGAUCAAGAGAGCACCUGAGUAAACCUGUUUCAACCAAUGUUAAGAAAAACAUUUCUUCAGAGUCGUCUCACAAGGAAUCAAAGGUUGCACCGGAAAAUAUUGAUGAUCCUUUAGAAGUCAACUUCAUGGUUCGUGAAUUAUAUAAUGAUCAUGAAAAGGUCGCGCAACAGGACACGAAAGCUAUAGAUGCAAAAAUUCAGCAAUGGUCGUUCGGGAAGAAAGGAAAUAUCCGUUCGCUUCUGUCAACAUUGCAAUGCGUUCUUUGGAGUGGAAGUGAAUGGCAGCCGGUUCCUCUUGUCGAUUUAAUCGAGACAAAUUCGGUAAAACGAGCUUAUCAAAAAGCUCUACUAAGGCUUCAUCCAGAUAAGCUUCAGCAGAAAGGUGCUGCUUUUCAUCAAAAGUACAUUGCAGAGAAAGUUUUCGACAUUCUUCAGGAGGCGUGGGAUCAUUUCAACAGUUCUAUAUACUUGUGA